CCGCGGUGGCUGCCGGGAUGCGCCGCAGCGAAUGGUCCUCCCGGGCGCCGUUCUGAGUGACCUUUCACCCGCGCCCAGCGGCCCCGGGCGGCGGCACAAGGCGGAAGCCAUGGCGGAGGCGGCGGCUGCGGCGGGCGGGACGGCCGCGGGCGCGGGCGCGGGCUCCGGGUCCACAGCGGACCGGGAACGGGACCGGGAUCCGGAGCGGGACCGCGCCGGGAGGAGGCUGCGAGUUCUUUCAGGCCAUCUGCUGGGCCGGCCGCAGGAAGCUCUGAGUACCAAUGAUUGCAAAGCGCGGAGAACCGCGGCGACCGGCACGGCGGCGCCCACUGCCACUCCCGCCGCGCAAGAGUCGGGCACCAUCCCCAAGAAGCGGCAAGAAGUUAUGAAAUGGAAUGGAUGGGGAUAUAAUGAUUCCAAGUUCGUCUUCAAUAAGAAAGGACAGAUUGAGUUGACUGGGAAAAGGUACCCUCUUAGUGGCAUGUCAUUGCCAACUUUUAGAGAGUGGAUCCAAAAUACCCUUGGAGUAAAUGUGGAGCAUAAAACUACCUCUAAAGCAUCCUUAAAUCCUAGUGAUACACCUCCUUCUAUUGUAAGUGAAGAUUUUCUUCAUGACCUUAAAGAAACUAAUAUUUCAUAUUCACAAGAAGCAGAUGAUCGAGUAUUUAGAGCUCAUGGUCAUUGUCUUCAUGAGAUAUUUUUGCUCAGGGAAGGAAUGUUUCAGAGAAUUCCUGAUAUAGUUUUAUGGCCAACAUGUCAUGAUGAUGUAGUUAAGAUUGUGAAUCUAGCGUGCAAAUAUAACCUUUGUAUCAUACCAAUUGGUGGAGGAACAAGUGUUUCGUAUGGCCUGAUGUGUCCUGCAGAUGAGACAAGAACAAUUAUUUCUUUAGACACUUCACAAAUGAAUCGUAUCCUCUGGGUUGAUGAAAACAAUCUGACAGCUCAUGUAGAGGCUGGCAUAACAGGACAAGAAUUGGAAAGACAGCUUAAAGAAAGUGGUUAUUGUACAGGUCAUGAACCAGAUUCCCUGGAAUUCAGCACUGUGGGAGGAUGGGUAUCUACUCGAGCGUCAGGCAUGAAGAAGAAUAUCUAUGGCAAUAUUGAGGACUUGGUGGUUCAUAUAAAAAUGGUAACACCUAGAGGUAUAAUAGAAAAAAGCUGUCAAGGACCUCGAAUGUCAACAGGCCCUGAUAUCCAUCACUUCAUCAUGGGAUCUGAAGGAACUCUUGGUGUGAUAACAGAAGCUACAAUAAAAAUCAGACCAAUUCCUGAAUACCAAAAGUAUGGCUCAGUAGCUUUCCCUAAUUUUGAACAAGGAGUAGCCUGUUUAAGAGAAAUUGCAAAACAGAGAUGUGCUCCUGCAUCUAUUCGCCUAAUGGACAACCAGCAGUUUCAUUUUGGUCAUGCGCUUAAACCUCAGGUUUCCUCUAUUUUUACAUCAUUUUUGGAUGGAUUAAAAAAGUUUUAUAUUACAAAGUUUAAAGGAUUUGAUCCAAAUCAGCUAAGUGUCGCUACGUUACUGUUUGAGGGGGACCGUGAGAAGGUUCUUCAGCAUGAAAAGCAAGUGUAUGACAUCGCUGCAAAAUUUGGGGGAUUGGCAACUGGGGAAGAUAAUGGACAGAGAGGUUAUUUGUUGACCUAUGUCAUUGCAUACAUUCGAGAUUUGGGUUUGGAAUACUAUAUAUUAGGAGAAUCUUUUGAGACUUCUGCUCCUUGGGACAGGGUUGUAGAUCUCUGUAGAAAUGUAAAAGAAAGAAUAACAAGGGAAUGCAAAGAGAAGGGUGUUCAGUUUGCUCCUCUUUCUACAUGCAGGGUGACACAGACUUAUGAUGCAGGUGCAUGUAUCUAUUUCUACUUUGCCUUUAACUACAGGGGAAUCAGUGAUCCACUGACUGUGUUUGAACAAACUGAGGCAGCUGCUAGAGAAGAAAUCCUCGCUAAUGGAGGGAGCCUGUCACAUCACCAUGGAGUGGGCAAGUUACGGAAGCAGUGGCUAAAGGAAAGUAUCUCUGAUGUCGGCUUUGGGAUGCUGAAGUCUGUCAAGGAAUAUGUGGACCCCAAUAACAUCUUUGGAAACAGAAACCUUUUAUAAAUCCAUUACUAUUGAUAAGAAAAAUGUCACUUUUAUUUUAAGUCUUUAACUAUGGUUAUACCAGUAAUCAAAUAUAUCAUGGACUUUUAUUUCAGCUGCAUUUGUUUGUUGGUUUAAAAUAAGUUUGUUUCAUUCUGUAGUUUGUUUUGUUUCUGCAUCUAUGGAUUGACAGAUGGUAUUCCUAAAUCUCUCUCAUUGUAGGUGCAUUAGUUUACAGCCAACUGGCUGUCAUUUCAAAUUUCAGUCAGGCAGCACAAGGCUGGCUCCCAGUUGUUAUUUCAGAGGAGGAUGCUGCCAGCUGUUUUGUAUUGAUGUUUCUUCUUGGGGAACAAAGGCAGAUUUUGGUGUCAUCUAUUGUUUCUCUAGCCCCCUUUUUAAAAGGUUUCUGGGAAGCAGCUAUGUAGGGAAGGAUUCCACUGAGGAGUUAUAUACAUGUAUUUUUUUUUAAGAGUGCAUUACUAGUGUGAGUAGGCCAUUAAGGGAGAAUACCCAUCAAAGAGUAUAGGCAUCCUCUUACUUAGGAUGCCUCCAGUUCUGUAAGAUGAUUGGCCUACAUUUUUCUUUGAAAUUAGUGUCCAGUUAUGAAACCUUAAAUCUUUAGGAUGAUUUAUUCUGUCAGGGGACAUCUUUUGUUCUCCAUAUUUCUGUUUCUCCUGGGGUAUGAGUUGAAUUUGUAUCACUGAGAUAAUGCAUGGUUAUAUCCUAAUUCGUUCUUUAUAUGUUUUAUAAGGAAAGCCAAUGUCUCAUUCAUUGUAUGUGAAGAAAAAGGUUUACCAUGAAAGAAAUGCCUUUAUUCAAUUUACAGUACUGAUGUUUCUCAUUUCACAUUCUUGUUGCUGAGAUUCAGAAGAAGCUGCAACAGGAGCAGAAGAGGAAGACUCCUUACACUGAAUGUCUCCAGUUAAAAGAAUUGUUUGGCUAAAGAAACGCAGUCAUCAUUCAGCUACUGAAAUAUGAAAACCUCAAUAGUUUUAAUGAGAAAAAACUUUUUGUAAAACAAUUAGCCCAAACAACAUGAAAAAUUUCCAUAUAAAAGUAAAGUUUCAAUUUAGUUUUUAAUAACGGUUUAAUGCCUUUUUUGAAUUACUGGUUUAACCUAAAUUUUUAAAACAGUAGUUACUAAUACACAUGCCAUAAUAAAAUGUUUGAAAUAUCAUAUUUCUUAAAUAAUAGAACAUUAACCACAUAUAGCAAACAUUUUUACAUUCAAACAUGCAUAUUAAAAUAGUUACUUUGAAUCACUGUCAAGGUUCAUGAUUCACAUUUUGAGAUGGAUUCUUUUAUUAAUGCAAUACCUAACUUUUGAUAAUUUUUUUAAAAUUAAUAUUUGAUCAGCUAAUGUAAGUCAAAAUGCAGACGAUCCUUUAAAAGGACACACUGUCUGUUUAUGUAGCAACAGCUCCAAAGUAUUUUUGGGCAGUUUGAUACCUUUUAUAUCUGAAGUAGCCUUAACCAGAAAAGUGAAAAUCUAAAAUUGACAAAGUGAUAUUUUAAGACUUCAAAAUGAUAAAUAAUUUUUAACAAAAUUGGCCUCAAACUAAUAAAAUCUGUAAGCAAAUAAAAUUGAACUAUUAGUUGAACAAAAACACAAUAUUUAUGAGAUGCUGCCUCUCUUCAUUGGUGAUUUAUUUUUAAUUAUAAAAUUUCCAGCAGAUAUUUGCUUCAAGCCCUUGAUGUUUGAAAUAGUUGGAUACCUGAUGAGGGAAGUAACACUUGCUUCUAGGGUUAUAAGAAUCUCAGCUUUACAAAAUGCAUCUAUUCAUGAAACUAACUUCUCUAAUUGGUGAUCAAAAUGUAAAAUUUAAUACAGUACUAAUAUCUCACUGACGUGUAUACAUGUUUCUGAGUAAUAUUUUUACAAUAAAACAUAGAUUCAUAAGCAGA